GACACGCAGCCAGCAGCCAGUCGAGUUGGUGCACCGGGUGGUCGCAUCUCGGAUUGUCCUGCGUUUCAGUCUGUCUGGUUUAUAUCGAACCAAAGGAUUUUUAACAAAUCAAAAAACAGAAGGACGACAGCAAGCUUAAGAGGUAACAUUUGAACAGAACCCUGUUUGUCAACUUGUCAUUGGGGUACAAACAUGACUGAGGUGGCGCAGGUCGCAGCUGUGGUUGCCCACGACAUGGAUGAUGUCACAAAUAAAAGUGAACUCAACAUGAGCGAUGAGGAAAACAAGGAAGACGAUGCAACACAUGAGGAGGAGGAUGCGGCGGUUGAUGAAGAUGACGCAGAUGAGGAGAAAAGUGAGGAUAUGUCACACAGCGAAGACAAAGAGCCUUGCCACAUGAAUGAGGAAGCGAGUAAUAAGACUGACAAGACACACAUGAACGGUGUGAAACACAAAGAGGACAACAAGGCCAAGGAAAAAAAGAAGUCAGAAGCUGUUAAUGGUGUAGCUCAGGACACAGAGACGAAGGAGGAUGCUCAACCUGACACAAGCGAAGACAUUUCUGAUCUGGCACUUAAGAAAGAGAAACUCCUCAGAUCCAGAAAGCCGGUGGCCAGGAGCUAUGUGCCAAAGCUGAACAAAGAAAAGGGAGAUGUGACGGGCAAGUUUGAGGCCAUGCAGAAGGCCAGAGAGGAGCGCAGCCGGCAGAGGAACAGGGAAGAGCAGCAGAAGAGAAAGGAGCAAUACAUCAAAGAGAGAGAGUAUAAUCGCAGGAAGCAGCAGAUAAAAGAACUACUCGCUUCCAGCGAUGAGGAAGAAGAGGUGAAGCCAGCAAAGGUAGAAAAAUCCUACGUCCCCAAAAUCACAGGUAGCGUGAAGGGAAAGUUUGCGGAAAUGGAAAAACAAAGACAAGAGGAAGAAAGGAAGAGGAUGGAAGGGGAGAGGAAGAAGAGGGAAGCCCAGGACAACAUGGAAAAGGCCAAAAUAAAGAAAGAACUGGCUCAGAAAGCAGCUGAAGAAGGAGAUGACACAAUCCUGGUACGAGUGGUUCCAGCGAAGUCAUCACGACCUCCAGGCAGAAUCAAGGUGAACUUUGAAGACAUGGAGAAGAAUCGAGAGGAGGAGAUAAAGAAGAAGGCUGAGGAAGAGAAGAAGAGACGGUACGAUGAAAACAGACGCUCCUUCAGGGAAGCCAAACGACGCUCGAUUGUUCCACAGGAUGAAGAGGAGAAGCCUGCAGAGAGGUCGCAGGACCCUGGGAAGCUGAAGAUGACGUUUGAGGAGCUGGAGAAGGAGCGGCAGGAGCAAAGGAGGAAGCAAGCGGAGGAAGAGGCCAAGCGGCGACUGCUAGAUGAGAAAAAAGCUUUCGAGGAGGCCAGGCUGGGAAUGGGAGAGGAUGAGGAGGACGCUCAGCCGGCUCAGGAAGAUAAGGAGGAGUUCCGACCUGGAAAACUGAGGCUGAGUUUUGAGGAGGUGGAGAGGCAGAGGGUGGAAGAAGAGCGCAAGAAAGCAGAGGAGGAGUACAAAAGACGAAUGGAAGAGGAGAGAAGAGCUUUCGCCGAGGCCAGGAAGAGCAUGCUUGUAGAUGAGGACGACGAGGUGCUGAUGGCCUUACUGAACCUGGAGGGCAGCAAACCUGGGAAGAUAUGUGUCAGUUUUGAGGAUCUGGAGCGCCAGAGAAGAGAGGAGGAGCAGAAGAGGGCAGAGGAGGAGGCCAAGAAGAGACUUGAAGAGGAGAAGAGGCUCUUUGCUGAGGCUCGCAAGAGUAUGAGCCCUGGCCUGGAUCAGGAAAAGUCUGCAUAUGGAGAUGAAACAGUAGAAGAUGAGGAAGAAGGGAUGGUGAAGAGUGAAUCUCAGGAAGCACUGCACCCUAGAAAACUGGAGAUGAACUUUGAGGAGCUGCUGAAGGAGAAGGAGGAAGCUGAGAGGAGACGCAAGGCAGAGGAACGCAAAAAGAAGAUGGAGCAGGAGAAGCAGGAAUUUGAACAACUCAGACAAGAGAUGGGAGAGGAUGAAGUGAAUGAAAGCUCAGAUGUUGUAAACAGAGAGUAUGAAGAACUGACCAAGCUGAAGAGGACCGGCUCCAUCCAGGCCAAGAACCUAAAGUCCAAAUUUGAGAAGAUCAAGGAGCUGACUGAAGAGGAGAUUCAGAAAAAGAUUGAGAUGGAACGAGCACGGAGGAAGGCCAUUGAUGAUGAAAUUAAAGAGAGAGAAGCUGAGAGGUUCCAGGAGGACGAGGAGGGAAAAGAAACAACUCCAAUGAGGGCUGAGGAGUCACCAUUCAAACAGAAAGUGGAUAUGAAAGCCCGGUUUCAACAAAUGGCCAAAGCCAGAGAGGAGGAGGAGAGGAGGAGGAUAGAGGAGCAGAAGCUGCAGAGGAUGCAGUUUGAGCAGCAAGAGAUCGAUGCUGCCCUCCAAAAAAAGAAGGAGGAUGAAGUAGAUGAGGAGGGUAGCAUCAUCAACGGCUCUGCAGCCUAUGAAGACGAGGAGGAUCACGCCAGAUCGGGGGCUCCGUGGUUUAAAAAGCCCCUUAAAAAUCAAUCAGUGGUGGACUCUGAGCCAGUUCGGUUCACCGUUAAGAUCACCGGGGAGCCCAAACCAGAGGUGACCUGGUGGUUCGAAGGAGAGAUGCUCCAGGACUGUGAGGACUAUCAGUAUAUAGAGAGAGGUGAGACGUACUGCCUCUACCUGCCAGAGACCUUCCCAGAGGACGAGGGAGAGUACAUGUGCAAGGCUGUGAACAGCAGAGGCACAGCAGCAAGUACCUGUAUCCUCACAAUAGAAAGUAAGACCACCUUGGUGUGA